UUGUUCUGUGCAAACAGAAGACUCAAGACCUGCACGAGUAACAAGCUAUGAAUUCUGUACCUCUGCGCGUGGUACUAAAUGAUGGUCACAUCAUCCCUGUACUGGGGUUUGGAACCACUGUGCCUGAUAAGGUUCCUAAGGAUGAAGUUAUCAAGGCUACUAAAAUAGCUAUAGAUACUGGGUUCCGCCAUUUUGACUCCGCUUAUGUGUAUGGAAUAGAAAAGGAAGUGGGCCAGGCCAUUAGGAGCAAGAUUGAAGAUGGCACUGUGAAGAGAGAAGAUAUAUUCUAUACUUCAAAGCUUUGGAGCACUUUCCAUCGACCAGAAUUGGUCCGAUCUUGCUUGGAAAAGACACUGAAGGAUGCUCAAUUGGACUAUGUUGAUCUUUACAUCAUUCAUUUCCCAAUGGCUUUGGAGCCUGGAGAUAAACUAUUUCCACGAGACAAACAUGGAAAAUUGCUGGCUGAAGCAGUGGAUCUCUGUGACACAUGGGAGGCCAUGGAAAAGUGUAAAGAUGCAGGGCUGGCCAAGUCCAUCGGGGUGUCCAACUUUAACCACAGGCAACUGGAGAUGAUCCUGAACAAGCCAGGGCUCAAGUAUAAGCCUGUGUGUAACCAGGUAGAAUGUCAUCUUUAUCUCAACCAGAGCAAACUGCUGGACUAUUGUAAGUCAAAAGACAUCGUUCUGGUUUCCUACUGCACACUGGGAAGUUCACGAGACCAAACAUGGGUGGACCAGAGAAGUCCAGUUCUCUUAGAUGAUCCAGUUCUUUGUGCCAUGGCAAAUAAGUACAAGCAAACACCAGCACUGAUUGCCAUUCGUUACCAGUUGCAGCGUGGGAUUGUGGUCCUGAUCAGGAGUUUCACUGAGAAUCGGAUCAAAGCGUUCAUGCAGGUUUUUGAAUUCCAGUUGGCUUCAGAGGACAUGAAAGUCCUGGAUGGCUUGAACAGAAAUUUAAGAUACAAUCCUGCAAAGUUUUUUGAUGACCAUCCCAACCAUCCAUUUACUGAUGAAUAUUAACAUAGUGGCCUUUGCCAGCAUUUCUAUCAGAAGAUCUGCUUAUUCAUCAUGAUAUGAGAGAUAUCUUGGAUACUGGUGACUGAACACAUCCCUUCUCAUUAGACCACUGUAUAUGUUAAUUCACAGUCAGCUGGAGCAAAGUCCAAACAGCUAUGAAGGAAGCCAUAUUUUUGUCACACUCUGGAAUGGAAUAUCAAGUUGCUUUUCCUA